GUCUUUCAUUCUGCAGAAUUGUCAUUGUUACGAAUAUAAGUAAAACUUUUGUGAAAUGAACUUCCUCCAGGUAGCAUUACAUGCGUAUAUUAAAGGUAUAUAGAGGUGUGAGGUUGAGCAACAAUUCGAUAUUAGGUCACUGAUUUAAUUAUAGACAAGGGACACCUGACCUUGUCAGUACCGACGAGAAUGUUGCAUAGCCUCAACAUAGCUUGAAGAAGGAGAAGAAAUCAAACAAAUGAGAUUCACAAAGUCGACUAUGAACACUCUGCAGCAAAGUAAUGCAGUUUCUCCCGCCACUCCGUCAGUGAAAGACUUGGUGAGGCUUUUGUAUGGUGGAAAGAGGUUUGGAAAUCACGUGGAUGAAGUUUGGCCUAAUUUAUUCAUUGGGGACAUGUCAGUGGCCAAUGAUCGCUACGGUCUUUGGAAGCUGGGUGUCACUCAUGUUCUGAACGCAGCUCACGGGAGGAUGAACUGCCAGGGGAGUCAUGACUUCUACGGCUCCGCUGUGGAUUAUUAUGGCGUGCCUGCAGAUGACUCACCGUCCUUUGACCUCUCUCGCUAUUUCUUUCCCUCCGCUGAGUACAUUCAGAGUGCACUUGAAACGGAUGGUGCUCGGGUGUUUGUCCACUGUGCAGUCGGCGUGAGCAGAUCUGCCUCUCUCGUCCUGGCCUACCUAAUGAUCCAACACCACUACACCCUGCUAGGGGCCAUCAAUAAGGUCAAAGAGCGAAGAUGGAUUUUCCCAAACGGCGGAUUCCUCAGACAGCUCUGUGCUUUGGAAAGGAAACUACGCGAGACAUCAUGAGUAAUCCUUUGCACCUCAUAAACCUAUUGAUUUUAUAAUUACAGAAUCCCAAACGCCUGUUUUUCUCAAGACAAAUGAAGAAUUCAGUGUCCACCAGUGAAGGGAUGUACUGUACUUUGACUUUAAUCAUUUUGUUUCAAGAAGGGUAUUGAAUCUAUUGACCCUGGCGCUGUGUUUGAUGUGAGUCAUGCUGCGAAUUCACGGGAUAUUAAACCAUAUAUUAGGAGGAGAUCACUGUAAUCAACCCACCCUUAAGCGGAAUCCAUUUCACGACUGAAUAUGAGACAGAAUGACUAAUUUAACCGUUGUGUUAUGAUGAAAAGAAAUUGACAUCCUGUUGUGUUUUGUAUUCUGUCAUGGGCAAUAAAUAUACCAUUUAGAACACAGUAUAGCUCUAGUUGCAAGCAUAAUAAAAUAUAUUUAAAGGGA